GUUGCCUUGCCUCGCUGAAAGGGGAAGAGGGGGUCAGCCCAAGGAGGAGGAAGAAGAGCAGAGCAAGACAGACAGCCGGAGCCGGGAGAGGCGCGUGUCCACUCGUCCUGGGCCCUGCGGAGCUCGUGCCCCGGGCCCCGGGUCCCUGGCCACCCCAAGCCCUGCAUCAGCCUGCCGCCUGCCCACUGGGACCAUGGGCCUGGGCACGCUGCUGCUCCUGCUGGCAGCCACAGCCUGGCCUGGUCAGGGGGUCCCGGUGAUUGAGCCCAGCGGCCCUGAGCUGGUGGUGGAGCCGGGCGCCUCUGUGACCUUGCGAUGCGUGAGCAAUGUCAGCGUGGAGUGGGACGGCCCCAUCUCCCGCUCCUGGACCUUGGACCCCGACGCCCCCAGCAGCACCCUGACCACAAACAACGCCACCUUCCAAAACACGGGCACGUACCGCUGCACCGAGCUCGGAGACCCGCUGGGGGGCAGCGCCACCAUCCACCUGUACGUCAAAGACCAUCGUCGGCCCUGGAGGGUCCUGGCCCCAGAAGUGACGGUGCUGGAGGGCCAGGAUGCGAGGCUGCCCUGCCUGCUCACCGACCCGGCCCUGGCAGGGGGUGUCUCGCUGGCACUGUUGCGCAGACUGUCUGUCUUGCCCGGCCGGGCUGUCUUGCGCCAAACCAACUACUCCUUCUCGCCCUGGCAUGGCUUCACUAUCCACAAGGCCAAGUUCAUCGAGGGCCAGGACUACGCGUGCACCGUCCUGGUAGACGGCAGGACGGUGUGGAGAAGCGUCCGGCUCAACGUGCAGAAAGUCAUCCCAGGCCCCCCGACCUUGACGCUGAAGCCCACAGAGCUGGUGCGCAUUCAGGGAGAGGCCGCCCAGAUCGUGUGCUCGGCCACCGACGUGGAUGUCCACUUCGAGGUCUUCCUCCACCGCGGAGACACCAAGCUGCCCAUCUCUCAACAAUCCGACUUCCACGACAACCGUUACCAAAAAGUCCUGACCCUCGACCUCAAUCCCGUGGGCUUCCAAGACGCCGGCAACUACACCUGCAUGGCCACCAACGCCCGGGGCACGCACGCCACCUCCAUGGUCUUCCGGGUGGUAGAGGGGGCCUACCUGACCUUGACCUCCGAGCAGAGCCUCCGCCAGGAGGUAGCGGUGGGAGAGAAGCUCGACCUCAAAGUCAAGGUGGAGGCCUACCCGAGCCUGCAGAGUUUCAACUGGACCUACCAGGGACCCUUCUCGGACCAGCAGCCUGAGCUCAGUUUUGAAACCAGCAAGGACACAUACAGAUACGCCUCCACCCUCACCCUGCCUCGCCUGAAGCCCACCGAAGCCGGCCGCUACUCCUUCCUGGCCAGAAACGCCAGAGGCGAGGGUGUCCUGACCUUUGAACUCACCCUUCUGUACCCACCGGAGGUCAGGACCACGUGGAGCCUCGUCAACGGCUCCAGAGCCCUGGUCUGCCAAGCCUCGGGCUACCCGCAGCCCAACGUGACCUGGGUGUGGUGUGGGGGCCACACGGACAGGUGUGAGGGCGCCGGAGUGCUGGUCCAGGAGGCCCCCGGCCCUGAGGUCCUGAGCCAGGAGCCCUUCCACAAGGCGACUGUCCAGAGGCUGCUGGCCGUUGGGACCUUGGAGCGCAACAGGACGUACGAGUGCCGGGCCCGCAACAGCCUGGGCAACAGCUCCCACGCCUUCCAGCCCGUCUCCGUAGCAGCCCAGGUGCACUCGCCGGAUGAACCCCUCUUCACCCCGGUGCUGGUGGCCUGUGUGUCCAUCAUGGCCUUGCUGCUGCUGCUGCUGCUGCUGCUCCUUUACAAGUACAAGCAGAAGCCCAAGUACCAGGUGCGCUGGAAGAUCAUCGAGAGCUUCGCGGGCAACAGCUACACGUUCAUCGACCCCACGCAGCUGCCCUACAGCGAGAAGUGGGAGUUUCCCCGGAACAAGCUGCAGUUCGGUAAGACCCUGGGAGCCGGCGCCUUCGGGAAGGUGGUGGAGGCCACAGCCUUCGGUCUGGGCCAGGAAGACGCUGUCCUGAAGGUGGCUGUGAAGAUGCUGAAGUCCACGGCCCACGCUGACGAGAAGGAGGCGCUCAUGUCGGAGCUGAAGAUCAUGAGUCACCUGGGCCCGCACGAGAACACGGUCAACCUGCUGGGCGCCUGUACCCACGGAGGCCCUGUCCUGGUCAUCACCGAGUACUGCUGCUACGGGGACCUGCUCAACUUCCUGCGAAGGAAGGCAGAGGCCAUGCUGGGACCCGGCCUGAACCCAGGCCAGAGCCCCGAGCCAGGCCCCGGCUACAAAAACAUCCCCUUGGAAAAGAAAUACACCCGCAGGGACAGCGGCUUCUCCAGCCAGGGUGUGGACGCUUACGUGGAGAUGAGGCCCGUCUCCACGUCGUCUUCCAACGACUCGUUCUCUGAGCAAGACCUGGACAAGGAGGACGGGCGGCCGCUGGAGCUGUGCGACCUGCUCCGCUUCUCAAGCCAGGUGGCCCAGGGCAUGGCUUUCCUCGCUUCCAAGAACUGCAUCCACCGGGACGUGGCAGCCCGGAAUGUGCUGCUGACCAGCGGCCACGUGGCCAAGAUUGGGGACUUCGGUCUGGCAAGGGACAUCAUGAACGACUCCAACUACAUCGUCAAGGGCAACGCCCGCCUGCCCGUGAAGUGGAUGGCCCCCGAGAGCAUCUUCGACUGCGUCUACACGGUGCAGAGUGACGUCUGGUCCUACGGCAUCCUGCUCUGGGAGAUCUUCUCGCUGGGGCUGAACCCCUACCCUGGCAUCCUGGUGAACAGCAAGUUCUACAAGCUGGUGAAGGACGGGUACCAGAUGGCCCAGCCUGCGUUCGCCCCCAAGAACAUAUACGGCAUCAUGCAGGCCUGCUGGGCCCUGGAGCCGACGCGCAGACCCACCUUCCAGCAGAUCUGCGCUCUCCUUCAGGAGCAGAGCCACGGCGACCAGAGAGCGCGGGACUACAGCAACCUGCCGAGCAGCAGCAGCAGCAGCAGCAGCGAGCCCGAGGAGGGGAGCUCCGGCGAGCACCUGGCCUGCUGCGAGCAGGGGGAUGCGGCCCAGCCCCUGCUGCAACCCAACACCUACCAGUUUUGCUGAGGAGGUGGCCUGCCCUCCUCCCUGGACGGGUCACCACGGGGAGAGCACAGACUCUGCCCUGGGCCUUUCACUCAACAGCCUGGCCCAGCUCCCCAAACUCAGGAAUGUGGGGUCCAGGAGGUCGGGGGGAUCCCACUUCCAGGACCUGGGCCGUCACUGCCAGUCAGGGGCUGGGGCCGAGCCCCCCCCCACCCCUGCCCCCACCCCCCACCCCUGCCCCCACCCCCCCCCUUCUCAGUGCUGGGCCUCGCGUUUGCUAUACUAACUGGGAGAGCACCCAGCUCCCGCUGAGCCUGUCCCCGCCUUCAGGAAGCACCUCCCCUCCCGUGUCCACGGCAAGGGACUGGUUCUGUGCCUUCGAGCUCCCAGGAGCUGCCCACACACAUGGAGAGGAAAGCACGGCCCCUGGGGCCCUGGCAAGAGGGGGACACCUGCCGCGUGGGAGCAGACCGGUGCGCAGGGCGGCUCGUCUGGAAGAAUCGCACCGUCCCUGGCUGCCUCUAACAACCUGCCCGCAGCCCCUCCUCCGCGCGCAGGCUGCUCCCGCUGCCGUGAGCCAGGCGGCAGCGCCAGGCCUGAGUGUCCCGCCCGGCCCCCUGUCCUGAGCCGGCCAGCGGGGCCCCGUGUGGCUGGCCACACCAAGCACACAGGCCCCCGGGUGCCGCCGCCUCACUAACAGCCACGCUGGAGGUUGUCCUGUCGGCAUUAAACUAACCGCAGUAACA